GGAGCCAGUGAAUUUCACUUCCGUGUUUCGGUGGUGACAGUGCUGCACAAUGAAACUGCUCCCUUUGCUCGUUUUAUUUACUACACUAUUGAAAACUCACUGCGUUAACAUUGAGGAAAACGCGGGGCAGUUCUUUAGCAGCGGUCACACAAACAACUGGGCUGUCCUGGUGUGCACUUCUCGAUUCUGGUUCAACUACAGACAUGUGGCCAAUACUCUGUCUGUGUACAGAAGCGUUAAGAGGCUGGGCAUCCCUGACAGCCACAUUGUGCUGAUGCUGGCCGACGACAUGGCCUGUAACCACAGAAACCCCAAACCUGCCACAGUGUUUAGCCAUAAGAACAUGGAGCUUAACGUGUACGGUGACGACGUCGAGGUGGACUACCGGGGAUAUGAGGUGACAGUAGAGAACUUCCUGCGAGUUUUAACAGGAAGACUCCCCCCCAGCACCCCCCGAUCCAAACGCCUGCUCUCUGAUGACCGGAGCAACAUCCUCAUUUACCUGACAGGCCACGGCGGGAACGGCUUUCUGAAGUUCCAGGACUCGGAGGAGAUCAGUAACGUGGAGCUGGCUGACGCUUUCGAGCAAAUGUGGCAGAAAAGGAGGUACAAUGAGCUGCUCUUCAUCAUCGACACCUGUCAGGGCGCCUCCAUGUAUGAGAGAUUUUAUUCUCCAAACCUAAUGGCCCUGGCCAGCAGUCAAGUCGGAGAAGACUCUCUGUCGCACCAGCCAGAUUUGGCCAUAGGAGUCCACCUGAUGGACCGUUACACCUUCUACCUGCUGGAGUUCCUGGAGGACAUCCACCCAGCCAGCAAGACCAACAUGAACGAUCUGUUCAAGGUUUGUCCCAAGAGCCAGUGCGUGUCCACUCCAGGCCACCGUACCGACCUGUUCCUGAGGGAUCCCGCCAGCGUUCUCAUCACAGAUUUCUUUGGCAGCGUCCGCAAAGUCGAGAUCACCAGAGAAGCGGUCAACCUGUCCGACCCCAUCGAGCAGGAACAGGAGAGUCCCAUGAAUGACGACGAGCACGGCAAGGUGUUCUCGUAUGCCGACCAGCUGCCAGUGUCUGAGAUCAUCCAUCAGAAACCAAAGCAGAAGGACUGGCAUCCUCCUGACGGCUUCAUCCUGGGCCUGUGGACUUUGAUCCUGCUGGUGUUUUUCAGGACCUACGGCGUCAAACACCUCAAACACAUCUUCUGACGACCCGGCGUUCGGCCGGCUGGACGCCCGAGGACGUGCAGCCGAGGGGUUCGUCGGGGGAUGGCUCCUUUUUUUUGUCGCACACUGAUAUUUCUGAACGUGGAGGUAUUUGCAGCAUUUUGACGUAGGGCUGACAACUCUCGGUUCCUCUUUUCUUUUCUUUUUUUUUUUUUUCUCCUGUCGGGCUGAUGGCUCUCCGCUCCCGUUUGGAGAAUUUUGUGUCUUUCAACAUAGAUAUUUAUUUCCGCGUCCAAUUUUGUGCACUGCGAAAGUGUUUCUCGGUGGCGUGGCGGUUUAAAAUGCUCCGAACUGAGCCCGGGGAUAAUUUGAUUUGUUUUGUGAGCGCGUCGCACCGCAUAUUUCAGCGGCGGCGGCCUAUUUGUUUAAGUGCUCCUCUGAACGUCUGCUGGGUCAGAACACAGCGAGAGUGGGGCUGAUUGGCUGAGAGUGGGCUGUGGAGAGAUUACUAUUUAAUGUCCCCCCCCUGUCCAUAUACAUUACACCUCUUGACCGUUGUAUCACCCUUAUGAAGGAUAACAAUCGCGCAUAAUCCCAUCUGCCGUGAUGGGCCCAUCCACUUCCCCGUUCGGUGAAUUGCCCUCCCUGUGGAAACAUCCAUUAGCUUCCAAGCUGUGCUCACAGCUUGAUUGUAUUCCGGGCGACGGGCCGCUUUUUUUUCUCGGCCGUUUUGCGUCUCGAGGCAAGUGAAAGCCUCUGACAGAGGCCGGCCGUCCAGAUCGAAGCGGCUUUUUUCCUCUGCGUUAGGCUCAUUGUCUGGGGCGGGGAGUGGGUGACUGAUGCCGGAGCAGCGUGGAUUGAACUGGCGGAAGUUUAUCUUCACUCCUCGGGCGCAAAGACCCGCCCCAUCGGCUUCCCGCUGCCAAUCUCCCUCGCAGCCCAAAUGGAAAAAUAGAUGGAGAUGGAAAUGAAACCGUAUGUAUCAGAAGGCAGCUGCUGCGUCAGCCAUCGCCUACCUUUCACAUACAUUAUUUAUGCAACGCUUAUUCUUUUUCCCUCCCUUAUUUUUAUUUUGGGUAAUCCUCUUCUCCCUGCCCUCCUUUCAGAGCAGGAAAGCACAUUUUAUUUCCUCAUUUGGAGGAUUCCGAUGUCUUGAUUAAACAUGAAACACUGAAUGAAAAGAAUAAAUGUACAUCUUUAAUUGCCUGAUUUGUUUCUUAAGCCUUUCCUAAUUGCUCUUAAAUAACUUUGAAUGGUAGAAAAAUACCAG